GGCGACUCUGCCGAUGGUCAAGCGAUUCGAAUACCGCGAAUAGAUUUGAUUACACCGACUCAAGACAGUUCGAGAAGAACCUCACAGUUCCGAGGAAUAUAUACAACCAUAUUCAGCGGUUACCGAAUUACAACUGGAAACCACCUGACAAGUACUAUGGCCCGAGGUAUUCCGGGAAGAAUUGACAAAGAAAAACCUGGGGAUGGAAUUUACAAAACCCGAGGAUCCGGAACAAAGGACGACGGAUCCAUGGAUAAAGAAAAUGCAGGAGAUAAGCCGACAGGAAAGAGAAAAAUGGGCAACGUAUAGAAGAAACGUGAAACUUACCCUCGACAAUGUCGAAGAAACUACGAAAGCAGGAAAACUUACGAACGACGAAUCGAUCCUGAAAACAACAACAAUGAUAAAGAAAAUGAAAAGAAAAUGACAAAUUCGUUGAUGCAGGAAAGCAAGAAAAAAGAAACUGGAAGGAAUUUAAAUCAUAAAACUGAUUCCAAACUUUUCUCUCAAAAUGACAAGGAAAUCAAUGAGAAUAAUAAAAAAGAUAACGAAAAGACUAUAAUAGCGAAAUCGUUGGAGCGGAAGAUCAAGGAAAAGAAAGAUGACGCGAGAGGAAAGGAUGUGACAGAAAAACGAAAUCACGAAAAAUCAUUUCAUUCUGAUAGAUGGGGCAUGAGCCACCUUUCAUCGCCACCUAUAGAAUUUUUAAAGGAUAUACCUCGACGAUCGAAGCAUCAGAAAAAUAAGGAACAGACGGAGACAGACGAAAAGCACUAUAUGUUUGGUGAGCGUCGUCUUACCUCCGAAAGAUUUCUUCGAGGACAUCUUGAUGUAUCGAGGACAUAACAUAUCGAGAACUAAACGCUUUUCUACGAAAAGAGGGUCAAGGCUGAAUGAGAUUGAAGGAUCUUCCAAUCGAAGGAUCGACCACUAAUUCAUCAAAAUCGUCGGAAUUCGGAAACAGCUCUAGUUCAAAAAUUAAUGACUGACAAACCCUAUAAGAAACUUGCGGGAUCUGAAAAAGUUCCAAACAAUUAUUAUUCCCGAUAUUCAAGUCCCAACUAUUGGAAUAAUUAUCCAAAUGCUGAUAUUAAUAAAGGCUUAUUUUUGAGAUUUUUACAAGCUUUGCGAUCGUAUAUCUGGCAAGAUGAUAUAGAUA